AUGCUGUCGGUCUUGCGGUCGUUGCCCAGUUUAAGCCAAAGACACUGGUCCACUUCUCUCUUGCCGCAGAGUCUGUCUCGAAAUGUCUCUGCACAACUGCUCUUCCGCUCCUUCCAUCCUUCACCCCUCGCUGCUGUAACCUUGAACCAAUCGACACGUCGUAAACCGCCUCAAAAGAAGAAUAGACACACGUCGCCAUUGCUGGAAGGCAAUACGCAGAAGAAAGCAGUGAUUAGCUCAGUGUUCAUCAUGAAGCCGAAGAAGCCGAACUCCGCCAAACGGAAAGUCGCUCGAGUGAAGCUGACCUCAGGGAAGACGCUGCAUGCGUAUAUCCCCGGCGAAGGUCAUACGCUACAGGAACAUGGUGUUGUACUGGUGAGAGGGGGUCGUGCCCAAGAUCUUCCCGGUGUUCGGUAUAAGCUGGUGCGAGGAGCUUAUGAUUUUGGCGCUGUAGUUAAUCGGUUAACCGCUCGAAGCCGAUAUGGGGCUAAGAAGCCCAAACAAUAA